AUGCAUCAAAGACAUUCUAAACUAUUUGAAUCUGGUGGUGAGGCUGUUAAGAGGAACUUACUCGAAUCUUAUUCAAUGCAGAAUCGGAAACCAAAUAGCAACGAGGAUUAGUAGUUACGCGAGUAAGUAGAGAGAUUAACAAAUGAAUUAACAAAUUUGAAGAAUAAGGAUAAAGACAAGGUUUAUAUUGAUAAACAGAUACAAUGUGAAGACAAGAAAUGGGAAUUAUUGAAUGAGUUAAUAAAGUAGAAAGACAAAUCGAUUGAACAAUAUGAGAAAUAGAUAAUCAGCUUUAAGAAUAUGAUCCUUUAGAGUAAUUAACAGAAAAAGGAAUUGCUUGAAAAAUUGGAGAAGCAAGAUCCCAUGAAAAAAAGUUAAGUGCUAAAGGUUUCUCAAAAUACUCAAACAGAUUUUAGUAAGAUUUCCUAAACUCAAUAAACAGACCUUGAUUUGGGAAUAAUCUUUGGAAUCAAAUAAACUGAGUCAACAAAUAUGGUAUAAUAACAAGAAUCCAAGCUCGUUUAGACAGAAGCAAAAACCUAUAAUGAAAUAGCCCUACUAAAUCAAGAUGAGAUGUACAGGGAAAUUGAAUAAUAUAAAUUAAUUCUAAGGGAGUAUGAUUCUGAGAAUAGGAGAUUGAAGUCACUACUUUAACCUAGUAGAGAAAAUGUAAACAAGGACACCCAAACUACAAUGAUGAUGGAGGAUAAGAGUAUUCAAAUGGAAGACGAAACUGUGAAUUAGAUGGAGAAGGUGGUUUAAGAGUAUUAAAGAUAGAUAGAGGACUAAAAAUAAUUGCAAAAACGAUGUAAUCAACAAUAAAUAGACAUGAAUACCUUGAAAAAACAGUAUGAUCAGUUGGUAAGUGAUUACUACUUUGUUCAAUCUGAGAGUAAAGUGAGUGAUAAGAAAAUAAAAGAGUUGAAUGAGGAGAUAGAGUAAUUGAAAUAUGAAUUAUAGUCAAAGGAUCCAAGUGUGAGCAGUGCAGAGACUGUGACAUCUCCAAAGGAUUCUCAAAGGAGUUUCAAGAAAAAAGGGAAUAAUUAAAAAGUUAAAAAUAAUGCUUAACCUACUUAUUUUAAUCCUUAGAACGUUGAUGAAUUAAUCCUUACACAAGAGGAGAAUCAGAAAUUGUUAAUAAAGAUAUCGGAAUUAAAGAAGGAAUUAGUGGAGACUUAAAAAGGAUUGAAAGCAAUCUAAGAGGAACUAGCAACUAAAGAAUAGACGCUACUCAGUUAAGGCCAAGAAUUGGUACAGUGCUAAACAGAGUUAAGGGGGAUCAAGGUUAGAAUUGAUUCAGUAAAUCAAUUGGAAUAGAGAGUUUAAGAGUAAGAGUUCAAAUAUACGGAUGAAAUUCACAAGUUAACUUAGAAAUUGGCAAUCUUGAAUUCUGAUUAUUUGGGUAUGAAAGUGAUUAAUCAGACAUUACACUCUCAAUUAGAUAAAUAUUAGAACAGAUUAAAAUAACAACAAUCACCAUGA